CGUGAUAUGACCCUACUCGAAAAAGAAAUUCCAAAAGCUCAACAGACCAUCGUGUAUGCAUUGGGUGACGCAAAAAUCGGUGCAAAUUUGCCGAUAAAGGGACACUGCAGAACACCACAGGCCUUCAUAACAUAUACCAUUGAUCGAUAUUGUCGCAUAAUGGGAGUUCAUGAGCCAGGAACAUCGAUGCUCUGUAGUCGUGAUCAUGAUAUCACAGACCUACCAUUGCACCGCGAAAGACCGGAGAAUAUGAAUCCAAAGGAUCGUUUCUUAGUUUGCAACAACUGCGAACCGGCCCUUAACCAUGUUCUCCCACCACCAAAUGAGUGGAUAGGCAAAAUUCAUCAUACAUUCCGAUCAAAACAUCGCCUUGAAUUGGAACCGAAUUUCAAGCAUUAUGGACAUUCUAUCGCGAAUCAACAAUACAAUGGACGCAAGCAAACUAUUGUUUUUGACCGUGAUCUGAAUGCAUCACGCAACAUGAUAUACAAAUCAUUGUGUAUGAUACAAGAUAUUCAUAUCAAUGGUGAUUUCAAUCGGAGUGCUGCCUAUUUACGACAACGGGCGGCUAAUGCUGCCGCUCAUUAAAUGAAUAUUCUCCUCGGCCGUCUCCCGUAGUUUACUCAGUCUACGAGUAAUUUACGUUGUGUGACAGAACGCGAUUCACAACACUACUACCAAAUCUCAAAUUAAAGCAAUGUUGUU